GCCCUUACAAAAAAAUUCUAAACGACCAAUUCAUAUACUAACUUAAGGAACGCACUAGUUGUAUUGGAGUCGGACAGUGUCGUAGUCAGACAGUGUCGUACCCGCACUUUACUGACAUGCGAGUUGUAUGUUAUUCAACUGUUGUCUUCUCUACUUUGCUUUCACUCUGCGUUGAUGGACGAGGAAACCCAAGGGUCGUAUGAAGAAAAAGAAGAAGAGAAAGAAGAUGUACAGGAAGGAGUACCGACCCGCACGGCUGCAGAAGCAGCAGCGGCAUCAGACAGCGGGGGCGUGAACGCACGAACCGUGCCCGGGGUCCCGGAGCUCUGCGCCGCAUCCCCUCCGUCUGGUUGUUGUCAUGGAGGAGAAAAGAUGGCGGUUCUGGCCUAUAGCCUAGGCAAACGAGAAAUAAAUCAGUAUUUCAACAUAAAAAAUGCCAAGCUGAUAUCGUCCGUGAUCGUCGUGUUGCUGCUUCUCUUCCACACCGCUUCCCGAUAUUAUGGGGGCUCCGACACAUGUGACUGGCUGUUGUCCAGCGGACGAUACUUGGGGGAGAACGUUUGGCAGCCCUAUGGCUGCAUGAUGCACAAGUACAAAAGCACUGAUUCUAAAAGCUGUCUUGCUGACAAAAGAGUGGCUUUUGUGGGUGACUCCAGAAUAAGGCAGCUUUCCUACUCCUUCACCAAAAUAAUCGACCCAGAGCGCAAGGAAGAAGGAAACAAGCAUGAAGACAUUCCCUUUCACGAAGACAGUUCUUCAACCAACGUGGACUUCUUCUGGUAUCCAGAGGCAAAUGACUCGAUGAAAGAGCGCCUGCGGUCAUGGACUCAGGACCGAUCAUCGACGCCAGAUGUUAUCGUGCUCGGAGCUGCUGCGUGGUCAAUCAAGCUGCACAGUGGCAGCAGCGAGACCCUGCACCGGUACAGGGUCAACCUGACCGCCAUGGCUGUGACCCUGGAGAGGCUGGCGGAGGACGCAGAGGUGUACUGGGUCCUACAGGACCCGGUGAAUGAGGAGGCGCUGAGCGCGGACCGGAAGAUGAUCACCAACCAUCAGCUGGAGCUGUACAACGAAGCGGCAGCGGACGCGCUCAACGGCAGCAAGCGUAGCGCCCGGGUCAAGCUGCUGGCGGCCACGCGCCAGGCCGCCAUGGAAACCAUCGUACAAUCGUCGGACGGCCUGCACCUCCCCCAGGGCACCCUGAAUGUGGGGGCCAUGAUCCUCAUGAACGCGGUGUGCAACAAGCGGACGCGGCCCAUCGACGGCUCCUGCUGCCAGGGGGCCCGGCCCCCCAGCCUGCUGCAGAAGCUGGCGGCGUGCGUCUUCCUGGGCUGCGCGCUGGUGCUGCUGGGGCUCCACGCCAUGGGCUACGGCCGCCACCGCCACCGGCCCGUGCCCCCGGACGUGGAGAGCCUGGAGGAGAGGAAGCCCACCACGGCCCCGGGCCCCCCAGGGCUCACGGCGCCGCUCCAGGCGCUGUGCCGCAUGGGCGUGAUCAUGGCGUACUUCUACCUCUGCGACCGCGCCGACACGUUCAUGAAGGAGCAGAAGUUCUACACGCACGCCACCUUCUUCGUGCCGCUGGUGUACGUCGUCGUUCUGGGGCUGUUCUUCAACGAGAGCACCAAGGAGACAAAGCUGUUAAACCGCGAACAGACUGAUGAGUGGAAGGGGUGGAUGCAGCUGGUUAUUCUCAUCUACCACAUAUCUGGGGCCAGCGCCUUCCUUCCGGUGUACAUGCACGUGCGCGUGCUGGUGGCGGCAUACCUCUUCCAGACGGGCUACGGACACUUCUCGUUUUUCUGGCUCAAGGGGGACUUUGGACUCUACAGAGUGUGCCAGGUGCUGUUCCGUCUGAACUUCUUGGUGCUGGUGCUGUGUGUGGUGAUGGAUCGACCCUACCAGUUCUACUACUUUGUGCCGCUGGUCACCUUCUGGUUCGUCAUCAUCUACGCCACAAUGGCUCUGUGGCCCCAGGUCCUCCAGAAGAGGGCGAACGGCAGUGGCAUGUGGCACCUUGGGAUCCUGACAAAACUACUAGGCCUCCUGCUGCUCAUCUGCUACUUUGCCAACUCGGAGGGCUUCUUCCAGAGCCUCUUCUCCGUGUGGCCCCUCUCCAAGCUGUUUGAGCUCGACGGCAGCAUCCAUGAGUGGUGGUUCAGGUGGAAGCUGGACCGAUUUGCGGUGAUCCACGGCAUGCUGUUUGCCUUCAUCUACCUGGUGCUCCAGAAGAGCCAGAGGAUGUUUGAAGGCAGAGGAGAGGCCCUCUUCUCAGCCACCAUCUCCAACCUGCUCCUCUGCCUCUCCGUGGUCUCCUUCAUGGCGUACUCCAUAUGGGCGAGCAGCUGCAAAAACAAGACCGAGUGCAACGAGAUGCAUCCCUACAUCUCAGUGGUGCAGAUCUUGGCGUUCAUCCUAAUCAGGAACAUUCCAGGCUACGCCCGCUCUGUAUAUAGCUCGUUCUUUGCCUGGUUCGGGAAGAUUUCCUUGGAGCUGUUCAUCUGCCAGUACCACAUCUGGCUGGCGGCGGACACCAAGGGCAUCCUGGUGCUGAUCCCGGGCUUCCCCUCGCUCAACAUCCUGGUCAGCACCUUCGUGUUCGUGUGCGUGGCCCACGAGAUCUCCCUGAUCACCAACGACCUGGCGCUGGUGGCCAUCCCCAAGGAGACGGGGCCACUGCUGAAGAGGCUGGCGGCCGCGGGGGGGCUGGCCCUGUUGGUGCUGCUGCUCACCACGGGGAAGGGCAGCGUCACCGCGCCCGGUGCAGCCUGAAGGGGCAGUGAGAGCAGACUGAAGCCUCCUCCUCCUCCUCCUCCUCCUCCUCCUCUCUUCCCUCCACCACACAUUCACCUUCUGUGUUUCCGCCGAACUCAAAGCGGAAGCGGAGGUCCUGGAUGUCCGUCCUCCUUUAGUCAUGGUGACGUUUGGACUGCUAGAAGCCGGUUGGAGAGGACGGUUUUCUCCCGAGGUCUCUGAUUGGUGGAUCUGGCGCGGGGUGGAGCCGCCAUGUCUGAACAGGAUCUUUCUGUGGUGAGCUCUCCCUGACCACUAUGGUACCCAACACGCAACAAGUCGCACACUGGAGAGCGAGAGAGGCCUGCGAUGUAGGCCCGCACAUUUCUAAAGACGAUACGGGAAGAUAAUUAACAACGGUAGCUGUCUAGAAAUAGACCUUAUAGGACAGAAGGAGACAUUAUCGGAGAAUCUGUAAAAAUAGGCCCACUCUUCAAAGUUUAUAACCUCAUGCUUGCAGUGUGAAUUUUCCAGAGUUGCUUCUGCCCCGGCAAACCUCACGAAUAAAAUGCCUCCUCACACGACAGGAAUUCACAGCACGCACACACACAUAUGUCCACGCACUGCGUCCGUGUGUGUGUGUGUGUGUGUGUGGAGUACAACACGCCCACUUUUUGUAAGACGUCGCUCAAUUGUUCUUUCGUCAUCGUUUACAUAUUGAGGUUUCCAAGCAAAUCAACACAGACUGCCAACUCAUCAUUGAGCCAUACGGAAACUGGUGUGAGCCGUGGACCGGCCAGUGAUAAAAUACACAAUAGGUUUGAUACAGUGCACAUCGACAACAACUAUGAUGAUAAUAAUAAUACAUUGUCAAAAUAUAUUUUAUUUACCUCUUCCAUUUUGUUCAGGCAUUGCUAGUUUAUUUGAGCAAAGACUUCCUCGUGCGGCGAGGUGGAUUGACCACUGACCUAGAGCUCUGAAGCUCUAAGUGAUAUGUACAGUAUUUAAAGAUUUAAAUUAAGCGCAUAUUUUCUACAGGGUUUGCUUUUUUCUUUCUUUCUUUUUGUAGAUUUGUCCAUUUCUGCUCCCAUUUCUGCUGUUGUAAAACCAAGUAUUAUGUAGGAGGUUCCUUUUGUACUCUUGGAAGCACACAGGCUAGAUCACACUGUUCACUGUAAAUACCAAUUUUUUCUUCCUUUUGUUUGAAUUGACAAUGUUAAAAUACCGGAUUCCUAGUCCAUCAAGAAAAUGCACUGGAUUUAUACAUGUCUUUUCUUUCUUUCUGGGUUGUCGACGGCAGGCCACUAUUUGCUGGUGCUUUUGUCCUUGUUUCUGUUUGCUCAAUGGGCGACUAAAAUAGACACUUGAAUGACAUGGCGUAUGCUUUGUCAACUGAAUGCCAUUUUGAUCAUAAGACAUACACGCCCGUCUUCCACCCAGGUCAACGAAUACCUUACUGUUGACUCAUCUCUCAAUUGGCUGUUCAUCUUGUAGUGCCAGUUUUAUCACCCACCCAAAUUUUGCUGAGAAAGCCCAGGGGCUAGUUGUUUAGGAAAACGCCAACAGUAUUUAUCUGUCUCUCUCUCUCAAUCUACUAGUGGCACGAGAGGUUUGUUAAGUGCCAAAACUGGAACCCCUGAAUUAGUUUCAGAGCUGUGUGCUUACACUAGGGACAGUAAUUUCCUGAUUGGUCUAAACAUUAUAUCUGUUUAUACCAUUGUGUAUUUCAGCACACUUUUUUUAUUACGUGACUUUGAGGCUUGGCAGAUGCAGAACACACUCAACACACAUUUGCACAACUGUAAAAUAGGUCCAAAGGUGAAGCAUGCGGCACAACAUCCUUCAGUUUGCCAUGUGUAAAUACCAACAGGAUACUUCAUGAACAUAUUGUUAAGAUAACAAUGUUGAACCCUCCACUAUCCAUUCACCAACAAGGUUGAGAGUCAAAAAGACCCGAGUUAUUAAUGCAAUGAGGCCGUCCCAAAGGAAAAUAAGUUGUUACCCUGGAUUCUGCUCCUGCCAUGGUUAAGACAAGGAACGCUUUGAUUAUAGUAGUUCAAACUUUGGUUCUCCUCUCUGAUCAAAGGCUAUAUAUUUGGUGAUUAUUAUCUGCCCUAAUAGUCUUCCCAUUCUUUAUUUUUUGUUGCCCAUUUGUAUGAGCAAAAACUAUUUAUAAUCUCACGCAGAGCCUUGUUGAAAGAUUACUUUGUUAUUUCUUUUGUGCUGUCCUAAUGUGAAAUCUAUUCAUUUUAUUUAUAAAAAACGACUUUAUUGUAUAUUGUUAAUAACGCAUAACUUCAUAAAAACAUUUGCUGGUUA